AUGGAGUCUCAGAUCGCGGGUGCACAGGCGCGUCAACGCAUCGCUCAGAUCCGGAUGGACGAAGCGGGCACGGAAGCACUAAAAGCCGUGAUUCAGGAGAUGGAGUAUAAGACCCAGGCAGCAGAAGUCCGUCAGUUGAUUGCGGAAGAAAAAAUGAGACGGGCUUUGGCUAGAGCGCUCCGAGCGGAGCAGCAAGCGAUAGCCGCUUACGAGGAAUCAAUUCAGGCAAGAGAGGAUGCCCAAAAUGCCCUGUUCCGAUCACAGAUACAAGUCGUUAUUGAUAAGAUAGAACUCAUACUAGAUGCAGCGAAAGAGGCGGGGGUGCUCACUUACGGCUUAGAUAACUACCAAACAGCGAGGGACCUGACUGCUCAAGCGCGCGCUGCCCUUGCACAGGAUAAUUUUAAUGAGGCGGAAUCGCUCGCGACGCAAGCCGAAAGCUACGCAAAUAAGGCGAAGAUUGCGGCCGUUGCCGGAAAGAAUGCUGCCGCUAGCGAAUCACAAGCGGCAAAACUUGAAGCACACACAAAUGCAAAGGUGGCGAUCGCCCGUGCACAGUUUGAAAUCGAUCGGGCUGAGAAGGUCAAUGCAUUUGAGCAUGCGGCGGAACUCUUUCAACGCGCUAUCACCAGCUUUGAAGGUGCGAAUAUGGCACUAACCAGAGAGCAGUAUGAUCGGGCAUUGCGGCUAGCCGCACAAGCUGAAACCAGUGCUAGUGAUGCCUUCGCCAUUGCGGAACCAAUUGAUCGCGAACGUCUUGCAAAGGAAGCACUAGCGGAACAAAUUGCUCAAGCCAAAGAUACAGUCUUCCGGGCGGAAGAAGCACUGAACCAGCAAGCAUCAUCGGUGGUGACGCUCAUCCCUGUGCUGCUACCAACAGGCGAAAACGCUGCUUGCAGAUGCCAAACAGGCGAUUGCGGAUGA